CUACAAUCCUAUGAUAUUUCCAUUUCUUUUUCACUUUACAGGUAAUUUUCUGAUCUGAUCUCUGAAACUUGAAAUCAUGGACCAAGGAAAUAACUCAAGAGUGACUCAAUUUGUGUUGCACAGUCUUUCAGGGCCUUGAGAGCUACAACUUUCCUACUUUGCAUUUUUCGCACUUUUCUAUUCAUCCAUUGUGCUGGGAAACCUCCUCAUUGUGCUAACAGUCCUCUCUGAACCUGCUCUACACACACCCAUGUACUUCCUGCUCACCAACCUCUCCUUUAUCGAUGUGUGUCUAUCCACCUUUGCCACUCCCAAAAUGAUUGUUGACUUCCUCAAGGAGCAGAAGACCAUUUCCUUUGAGGGCUGCAUGGCCCAGAUAUUCUUUCUGCAUGCCUUUGCUGGUGGUGAAACAAUGCUCCUUGUGGCCAUGGCAUAUGACAGAUAUGUAGCCAUUUGUCGGCCUUUGCAUUAUGCAAUCAUCAUGAAUGUACGCAAGUGUACAGGCCUUGUUGUAGGGUCCUGGCUCAUUGGAGUCCUGCAUUCAGUAAGCCAGUUGGUCUUCACAAUAAACCUUCCAUUCUGUGGUCCAAAUAAAGUGGACAGCUUUUUCUGUGACCUUCCCUUAGUUAUCAAACUUGCCUGCACUGACACCUAUAUACUUGAGAUACUGAUGCUUUCAGACAGUGGUCUAAUGGCUAUGAGCGGAUUUGUGCUCUUGCUCAUCUCCUACACGGUCAUCUUGGUCACCCUGCGAUGUCAAUCCUCAGCAGGGAUGGUCAAGGCUCGGGCCACCCUGACUGCCCAUGUCACAGUGGUGACCCUCUUCUUUGGGCCCACCAUCUUCAUCUAUGCCUCGCCUUUCAGCAACUUCCCAGUGGAUAAAGUUCUUUCAAUAUUUUAUAUUGUUUUCACCCCUCUCUUAAAUCCCUUGAUCUACACAUUAAGAAAUAAGGAGGUAAUGUCAGCAAUGCAGAAACUGAGGAGGCGACAGGUAAGUUCCUAAAGGUUUCUUGACUUUUCCUCGUGAUAAUGACAACCAUAGUAAAGGGACUCACUUUAUCCUUUGCUAUUAAAACUAUAUUCAAACUUCGAAGUUAAACAGAUGGAGAUAAUUUCUUAUAUCUAGUAAUGGUUAUUUCGUACAAUGUGAACUUUCACUACAAACUAUCCAAACUUAAAGACUAAACAGUGAAUAAAUUCAGUGAGCUCAUUAACUGAACUCAGAAACCAAAUAGAUUCAUGCCCCUAACCAUGUAAAUGCAGCAUAUUUCACCAUGUUACAAAUAUCAAAAUCUGGUCCCCCCAUUAAUAUUUCUUUGUCUCAGUAUAUUAAAUCAAAGUUCAGAAUUCCCGCUCAAUGUUAGUGGUUCAAGACCUACACUGAAAAAUGGAUAUCCGUGUUUAUAUAAAUAGAGGUUUUUUCCAACAACACUGCUAACUGUAUGUCUUUGCUCUAUGUAUUCGUUUACCAAUCUCCAAGUCUUGCUACAUAAUCUACACCACCUGUUUUAGUAAUCUAGUGCUGCUAUAACAGAAAUACCACAAACAGAUGGCUUCAACGAACAGAAAUGUAUUCUCUCACAG